AUGGUGGCAAUGAGAAACAUUGUGCUGUUGUUGCUGUGCAUUACUGUUGUGGCUCCGAUUGUGCUCUACACUGAUCGCCUCGGAACCUAUGAGUCUCCUUCGAACAAACAGGAGUUUGUUGAAGAUGUUACUGCUUUAGCUUUUAGUGCAGCAGACUCUAGCCACUUGAAUCUGCUGCCGCAGGAAACUUCAACAACCGUUAAAGAACCUCUUAGGGUUGUGUAUAGUGAGGAGGAUUUCACUAACAGAAGGAAUUUCCCUCGAGGCCUGCAAUUGGUGAAUUCAAGGGAGCAUUUAUCUGCCAGGGUGUUGUCAACUACAACUAAUGAAGAUCAGCCUCUAAAGGAGAACCCUAUUAAAUUGGUGACUGAUGGAAUUAGGCAAAGAAAUCAAGUACGAAGGUCCUUGGAUAAAGGUGAUGGAACUGGUAAUGUAAAUGGGGAAGAUGUUAUUGAUGUUGAUGAUAACGAUGAGAAACUUGCCAGAUCAACUCGUGCUUCUACUCAAGAUCCUCAAAUUAAGGAGCAAGCAACAAAAACUUCUGAUGAAGUCAACCUGAAAGGUUCUAGAUUGUCUGAAAACAAUAAGCGGAAUGAUCAAACACCAUCUGAUUAUAGGGUAAAGCAGCUAAAAGAUCAGCUUAUCCAGGCUAAGGUCUUUCUUUCCCUUCCAGUUGUGAAAAGCAAUCCUCAUCUCACUCGGGAGCUUCGGUUGCGGGUAAAAGAUGUUUCACGAACACUUGGGGACGCAAGCAAAGAUUCUGAUUUACCUAGGAAUACAAAUGAGAGAAUGAAAGCAAUGGAACAGACACUGAUGAAAGGAAAGCAAGCUCAAGAUGAUUGUUCAGCUGUUGUGAAGAAGCUUAGGGCCAUGCUCCACACAACGGAGGAGCAGCUUCACGUGCUCAAGAAGCAGACAGUGUUCUUAACACAAUUGACAGCAAAAACACUUCCCAAAGGUCUUCAUUGUCUUCCCUUGCGCCUUACAACUGAGUAUCAUAACAUGAAUUCUUCUCAGCAACAGUUCCCUAAUCAAGAGAAUUUAGAAGACCCCCAGUUAUACCAUUAUGCCAUAUUUUCAGACAACAUAUUAGCCACAGCUGUUGUUGUGAACUCAACUGUUACCAAUGCUAAGGACGCCUCAAAACAUGUUUUCCACAUUGUUACUGAUAGACUCAAUUAUGCAGCUAUGAGGAUGUGGUUUUUGGUGAAUCCACCAGGCCAGGCAACCAUUCAAGUACAAAACAUUGAAGACUUUACAUGGUUGAAUUCAAGUUACAGUCCUGUUCUUAAGCAGUUGGGUUCUCAAUCAAUGAUUGAUUAUUACUUCAAGGCUCAUCGAGCAACCUCUGAUUCAAAUCUGAAGUUUCGGAAUCCAAAGUAUUUAUCUAUCUUGAACCACCUCCGAUUCUAUCUGCCUGAGAUCUUUCCAAAGCUCAACAAAGUGCUGUUUUUGGAUGAUGACAUAGUUGUGCAGAAGGAUCUGACUGAUCUGUGGUCAAUUGAUUUGAAAGGCAAUGUAAAUGGUGCAGUAGAAACUUGUGGAGAAAGUUUUCACCGAUUUGAUCGAUAUCUCAACUUCUCACAUCCUCUUAUCUCAAAGAAUUUCGACCCACAUGCUUGUGGCUGGGCAUAUGGUAUGAAUAUAUUUGAUUUAGUGGAAUGGAAAAGGCAAAACAUCACAGAGGUGUACCACAACUGGCAGAAUCUGAAUCAUGAUAGACAACUAUGGAAGUUGGGAACACUGCCGCCGGGUCUCAUAACAUUCUGGAAACGCACUUUCCCACUGAACCGGUCUUGGCAUGUCUUAGGUCUUGGCUACAACCCCAACGUUAACCAAAAGGAUAUUGAGCGGUCUGCUGUUGCACACUAUAAUGGGAACAUGAAACCAUGGCUUGAGAUAAGUAUUCCCAAGUUUCGAAGUUAUUGGACAAAGCAUGUUGACUACAAUCAUGUGUAUUUGCGAGAAUGCAACAUCAAUCCAUAG